GCGUCAUCGGCCACCGGAGCUUCAAAGCUGCAGUGAAUCUGGUCGCAGCCUCCGUUCAACAUGGUUGAGGAAAAGACUCCCGUGACUCUGAAGACGAUCCUCAUAGGAAACUCCGGGGUGGGAAAAUCGUCCGUCAUGAACAGAUAUGUGGAUAACCGCUUCACCAACAUGUACAGAGCCACCAUAGGGACGGACUUUUUCUCCAAAGCAAUCAGGAUAAAUGGGAACACGGUGACCCUGCAGAUCUGGGACACAGCAGGCACAGAGAGGUUCCAGUCUCUGGGCACGCCUCUGUAUAGAGGGAGCCAGUGCUGCAUGCUGGUGUUUGACGUCACAUCCUUGACCAGCUUCAGUGCCUUGGAGAUGUGGAGGAAGGAGUUCCUGGUCCAGGGAGAGCCUCAGGAUCCAGAAAACUUUCCCUUCAUUGUCCUGGGCAACAAGACGGACCUGAGCAACCGGGAGGUGUCUCACAGAAAGGCAAUGCAGUGGUGUGAAGAAAUCGGGGCGGAGUACUUUGAAGGAAGCGCCAAAGAGGACCUGGACAUGGAGAAGCCGUUUUUAAGAGCCGCAGAGCUCGGCCUCCUGCAGUACAAAAAACACACAUUGGAAAAUACAGGACAUUUCCAGAUAACCUGCGAACAGCCGAGAGAAACUCGCAACACCUGCGAGUGCUGAUAAGAGAGCACUCGUCCCGGCGUGGGAAGGAAAGUUCGGAGACCUCGGCACUGCUGAUGAUGACCUAUCUAACAAGGGUGCAAAAAUAAGUGACCCGGCAAAGGUACUGUGGAAGGAAAGGACACAAUUGUAUACCACAUGGAGAGAGGAACAAACUCAUUAAAUGUUUUUGUUUUUUUUGUUUGUUUUUUUCCCAUUUUUUUUUUCAUUUUUUUUUUUGAGAACCUUCAGCUUUAUGGUCUAACUUAAGGCAUCACUACUAAAAUACACUGCUUUUUGCAUGCAUGUCUAGUUUUGUUUAACAGACACACCGACACGCACAAAAAUUAUGAAUGCAUAUGAAGAGAAAGUUUCUAGAAAGAAAUCAGGAGAAAAUCCCAACCUGAAGCCACGGCGGCAAGCGGAGAGGCCUUUGACGUUCGGGGCCUUUUUGUUCAUUUCAUUUUUUUUAAAUUACCGUCACGAACUGGAUCUGCCCUUUUACACAGAAGAUCUCCACUCACGCCCCCAGCCAGAUAACUCCUCCCUGUACACGUUUGGACUGAUGGACCUAGUAGGAUUUCACUCCCUACAGUGAAUCAGCGGCAAAAAAAAAAAAAAAAGUUCAAUCAGGGAGACUAUAUAUAUUUAUAUAUAUAUAUUUAUAUAUUUGCUUCUUUUAUAAGUAAAGACACAAAAGGCAAUCAAGAUGACCCAACAUGUAAAAACAGUUUGUUACAGGUAAUUAUAUAAAAGGCCAAGAUGUUUUUGUUGUUUUUUUUUUCUGUGUGUGUGUGUUUUGUUUUAUUCUUGCUCUAUGAACGAACUAAUUUACAAGUGAGUAACACUCCAGCUGUAAGCGGCCUUCCCAUUCAAAGACAAAAGAAAAACCAGGUAGCUUAGCACACCAUCUGUGGUCUGAAAUACAGAGCCUUAGAGAAGGGGAAAAAACAAAUUAAAAUUUAUUCAGUUGAUUCACAGACAUUAAUAAAGGUGUCGCGGGCUGGGAGGGGGAUGGGUCUACGGAAUAUAUGUAGCCAUUCUACAAAAUAAAAGAUUCAUGAGCAGAAGAAGCAACAACCAACCGAGCAUCGGGAGGAAAAUUUGGAAAAGACACAGAUUUUUUUUUUUCCUUUUUCUUCUCCCCCUCCCUUCCAACCCGGGAAAAUUUGUGUUUGGCAAACAAAGCAACACAAGCAUCAAGAGUAAACAAAGUAAAAAAAAAAUAAAAAUAAAAU